AUGGCGUCCAGCUAUGCCCACGCCAUGGAGAGGCAGGCCCUGCUGCCCGCCCGCCUCGACGGCCCCGCCGGCCUGGACAAUUUACAAGCCAAGAAGAACUUCUCCGUGAGUCACCUGCUGGACCUGGAGGAGGCGGGUGACAUGGUGGCCGCCCAGGCGGAGGAGGGCGGCGGAGAGCCCGGCCGGAGCUUGUUGGAGUCCCCCGGGCUGACCAGCGGCAGCGACACCCCGCAGCAAGACAAUGAUCAGCUGAACUCAGAAGAAAAGAAGAAAAGAAAGCAGAGAAGGAACAGGACUACCUUCAAUAGCAGCCAGCUCCAGGCAUUAGAGAGGGUCUUUGAGAGGACACACUACCCCGAUGCCUUUGUACGGGAAGACCUUGCACGGAGAGUCAACCUCACUGAAGCCAGAGUUCAGGUGUGGUUCCAGAACCGGAGAGCCAAGUUUCGCCGGAAUGAGAGGGCCAUGCUGGCCAGCAAGAACGCCUCUCUGCUCAAAUCCUACUCAGGGGACGUGACUGCUGUGGAGCAGCCCAUAGUACCUCGCCCAGCUCCGAGACCCACCGACUAUCUCUCCUGGGGUACUGCCUCGCCUUACAGCGCCAUGGCCACCUACUCCGCCACGUGUACCAACGCCAGCCCGGCGCAGGGCAUGAAUAUGGCCAACAGUAUUGCCAACCUGAGACUGAAGGCAAAGGAAUAUAGUUUACAGAGGAAUCAAGUGCCCACAGUCAAUUAA